AUGGCCUCACCACCGUCUGCCGAAGCUCUCUCAUCCGUCGGAAAUCACUCGUCCUAUAGCGACAAGCAGGUUGUGUCUAGCGUCGACCAUGGGAAAGAGGUCGUCACACAGACGCAGCCCUAUCCGGACGCCUAUGGAUAUGCCAACCCGAACAAUACCAACAACGACAGUUCAAAUGGUGGCGGAGGAGGGGGAGGUCUUGAAGUUUUUCUGGAGAACGAUCAAGAGAAGCCUGCCUGGUCUGAGCAAAAAACGAAACGAAAGAUUUGUGGUCUCAGCACCAGGGCCUUCAUAAUCGUGGUCGCCGUUGUGACGGCUUUGAUGGUCGCCGCCAUCAUCGGAGGAAGUGUGGGAGGCGUCCUUGCGAGCAAGAAUAGCUCAGGAAGCGCAAGGGCCGAUUUAGCGAACACUAGCAGCACAUCUCUAUCCACCACACAACCAACAGCAGUAGCAACUAUCCCGGCGCCGACUGUUCCAACUACCCCCAAUCCUGCCACUCCCACGACUCCCUCACCUCCAUCUUUGUCCACAAGCACAGCGAGCACCUCCACCGCUCCGACUUCCACUGCAACGACCUCUGCCUCCGGUGAAGGAAGCUACAACUGCCCUGCAGACAACAACACAGACUACGUCUCUCCCUUGCUCAGCACUGCAACCUGGACCAUUCUCUGCGACACGGAUUGGCCAAGUGGGGUUGACGCCUUCAGCGGUGGAACUGUAACCGACCUCACUGCUGUUGUGGCGUACAGCAUUGAUGCUUGCAUCGACCAAUGCGCUGCAUACAACGUCGCUGGCGGAGACUGCGAGGCGGUCGUCUACGGGGCUAAUAUUACCCUGGCGCUGAGCAGGGGUGGUAUUCAGGGGAAUUGCUUCUUAAAAAGCGACCGCGGAGCGAAGAACACUGCUGAUAACAGUGGGCAGGUCGAGGCGGCAUAUCUGUCAGGGUCUAGCUGA